CGGUUUACACAGAACUCGGUUCGAAAGUUCACAGCCACUCGCUGUGCCGCUGUGCUGGACGUCCGCCCCAAGGGGUUCCGGGCGAUGGCGUUCGAUGCGGAGGUCCAGGCGAAUGCUGUUUGCUGCAUCACCGCUGUUGGAGGGGAGCAAUUUGGGGCAGCGGUGUUUUACGAAGAUCUACGUGCCUUCAGGAUUUGCGAAUACCUCGAAGAUGUGCACCUUUCCAGGACCGAAGCCUUGCUUUUGCAGCUGCAACCGAUGCGCUGCUGUUCGCUAGCUUUGGCCGGCGAACUUCCGCGAAAGCUGCGUGCUGUGGCGGAGUCGUGUGGCGUGGAGCUACAGGAGGUGAAAGCGCAAGAUGCCAAAGAGGUGGAUCUGGAGCAGGACUUGAAGCGCUUGCUCGUCGAUGAGCCCAGUCGACACCUGGAGGAGCAACGGCAGGUGGUGGGAAUGAAAUCCUUGGGGGCGCUCAUUGCGCAUUUGCAGUUGCUCCAAGAGCCGGGGAACUUCAAUGCCUGCACCUUGGGGCUGUACCCUUUGAGGAGCUUCGUGUUCCUGGACAAGGCUGCUUUCUCUGCAUUGAACGUCCUCCCGCGGCCCGAGGAAAGCCAAAGGUCGAAUACGAACCUUCUGGGCUUCCUCAACAGGUGUCGCUCGCAGAUCGGCCAGCGCCGCUUGCGGCAGUGGCUUACGCAACCGCUUACAGACCCAAAGAAGAUCUCCAGAAGGCACGACGUGGUGGAGGCGCUGGUGGGUGCAGAUGCUGUGCUCAGGGACCUGGAGGCGCAGCUCCGGCGCGUGCCUGACUUAGAGCGCCUGGCCGCGCGGCUCCACCGCAUCGCCGCCAAGUCGAAAGCUCAAGGAGCCACCCUGGAGGACUUAGUGAACUUGUACCAUUGCGUUUUGGCGACGGAGAAGAUGAAGCAGGUUCUUCAGAACUACGCUGGGAAGCACGAAGAGGUCCUGGCCGAAGUCUUGUUCGAACCAAUGAGGUCGAUCUUGCAAGACUUUGGGAACUUUCGCGCCUUGGUCGAGAAGACCAUCGAUCUGCAGCAGGCGGAGCUCAGGAACUAUUGCAUCAGCGCGGCGUUUGAUCCUUCCUUGAAGCAACUGGCCCAACAACGUGACAAAGUCCGAGCUCAGAUGGAGGCCACGCGGGCUGAAGUGGACAAGAAGUUGAGCCUGGGAGGCCGAGGCAACGAGAAGCCCGUCUCCUUGACGGAGUGCCCGGAGGGAUUGGCCCUUCGCGUCACCAAGAAGCACCAGCAGGCGAUCCAGAAGUGGAAUGGCAAACCGGCACUGAAGGUGCUUAGUAUCAAGAAGGUAGAGGUCUUCUUCACCACCAACGAGUUGGUCAAGCUGAACAAAGACCUUCAGCAGGCCAUCGAUGAAUACCAGCAGCAGACAGACGCGUUGGUGGCCAAAGCCCUGACCGUCGCGAGCACCUACAGCUCCGUGGUGGAGCGACUUGGAGAUACACUCGCCGACUUGGAUGUCUUCUGCUCGUUGGCCCGGGUGGCGCUCACCGCGCCGUGCAACUUUGUGCGUGCCCAGCUGGAUGAGUCGGGUCAGACCUGCAACAUUCAGGGAGCAGUGCAUGUGCUGGUCACCGCAAACUCAGAGCAGAGCUUUGUGGCCAACGACCUCCAGAUGCACCGAGACUCGUCACGGCUACACCUCAUCACCGGACCGAACAUGGGCGGCAAGAGCACUUAUAUCAGGUCCGUGGCCCUCAUUGCCUUGCUCAACCAGAUGGGCAGCUUUGUACCUUGCAGAAGUGCCACGCUGCCCUGCUUCGAUUCCAUCAUGUGCCGUGUGGGAGCCUCCGAUAUGCAAUUGCGAGGCAUCUCCACCUUCAUGGCGGAAAUGCUUGAGGCUGCCUGCAUCUUGAAGGUGGCCACCGAGCGUUCUUUGGUGAUUGUGGAUGAGCUUGGUCGCGGCACCUCUACGGCCGAUGGCUUUGGCCUAGCCUGGGCGAUCGCCAAGCACUUGGUGGAGGAGACCCGGUGCUUCAGCCUCUUUGCGACUCACUUCCACGAGCUGGCAGCCUUGGAACAAGCAGCGCCUGCCGUGCGGAACAGGACGAGGCGGAGGCAUGCCACAGCUGUGGUCGAGCCUGAAAACGGCAGGCUGACUUUCCUCUAUGCCUUAGCUGAUGGUGCAGCGGACCAAAGCUACGGCGCCUUCGUGGCGGAGCUCGCCGGCUUCCCACCGCGGGUGGUCCACGAUGCCCGGCGCCGCGCGGAGGAAUUUGAAUCAGCGAGCAGCUUCGGAAGGGCCAGGAAACGCCAGAAGGUGGCGCUCCCUGAGACGCUGCAGAGCAUCUACGACGCCGAGACAGAGGAGGACUUUGUCCAGCGGACCAUGGCGAACUUGUCCACUCUUCAAAACCUCCUGGCUCAAGGUGGCUGCUGAGCAGAUCUGAGUAGAUGGGUUGCUUGGCGACGUCAUGAGAAUGGGAAUCACAUGGGGUUCCCAUGCAGAAACUGCAGAGGUUGGUCACUUCUUCCUUUAGCAGAUGAUUUUGUGCUUCUUUCUGAGGUGCCCGGGACGGAUUUUGCAAGUUCC